GAGAAAUAUCAGCACCUUUCUGGAUCGCUGAUACAUGGCAUGUAACCGAGUGAUCAUGAUGACUUGCAUGAUGCUUCACUCACCGCCCAGGAUUACCUCUACAACGACAUUCGUCCAAUCAUUUAUGAAUGGAAGGCAUGAGUGUGGAAUACUCACUGCAUCUGUUAUCAAAAUAGUUGGAACACUGUCUAAAGAAACAGAGUCUAUACGAGGAGACAUACCCAGGAUGUACAUCCUGAUUCGCAACAUCAACGACUUAAACCUCCAAACAUACACAGAAAAUCCUAUUCCAGCAUAGCGCACCU